UACCACGUGGUCCCCCUCUCUUGGCACAGAAGUAUGGGUAAAGCUGGUCGUGUUCGUUUAAAAGGCUCCAAGGGAGGGAAGAGGUGGAAAAGAGGACAGAGUGGGUCCAGCAAUCCACAGACUGACGUGCAUCGUAAUGCUGCCAAGGGAAAAUUUGGGAACCAUUUGUCACAAGCUACUACUACUGGAGGAGGAGAAGGAGGAAGUCUAACAGUUGAUAUACUUGCGUCUCAUGAUGCUGUACAGACAGACGACACUGCUCAUCAGCUGCUGGGAGAAGAAGAAGAGACAAGGGAAGAGUCACUGGCCAGCAGCUCAGCAUACAGUCUUAUUGAGACUUCUAAUCCUAUCUUUGGACGUGUGAAGAGGCUUUGGAACUCACCGCUGGAAACACACAGAGAAGUAUGUGCUGUACUAGCAGCUGUGUCUGAAGUCAUUAAAGAGAAGAAUGGAACAGAGAGUGCCACUGAAUAUUUCGCUGCUUUAUUGACUGCAUUGGAAGCUACUGACGAGGAAAAGGCUGCUACAGCUGUCAUAUUCUUAUUGAGCAUUGUAAUGGAAAAGUUACCAGCUGCUGUAUUGCAGUCCCAGUUUGGUUCUAUUAGCAAAGCAUUGAUUGAUGCACUUACUCAACAUGAAUCGUCUGAUUCAACAUCAUUACUCAGAUCAAUCGUGUCGUGUCUUGUUACUCUCCUUUCAGCUCAACCCUCUCACGUCUGGUCUGACAGUUUUGCUCAAACAAUCCUACAAACCUUAUUCAAUUUCACGACUCAUCCCAAACCAAGAUUGCGUAAGUUUGCUCAGGCUGGCCUGGCAGGAAUUAUAAGGGAAGGAGGAGAAGGUGACGCUUCAAAUGACAUCAAGUUUCAUCCUUGUUGCUCUUACGUUGCUAAGAGUUGUAAAUUGAUACUAGAGGGAGAAAAGGUUGAGACUUCUACUCUUCACGUUCUGGGCCUAUUAAGAGAAUGCCUAGCUAACUUUCCAACCCAAAAUGUUAAGAGUUUAAGUGAAGCACUACUGAGGCUAAUUACUUUAGGAAGAACUGUAGUCAAAGCCACCGGGUUUCAGUGCUUAAAUGGUGUCUUUACUUCUACAGCUGGUCCUCAGGGACUCACGUCUCAACUCAAUGAACAACUAAUAUCAGCAUUAUAUGAGCAUCGUCCUAGCAUUGUUGAUGUGCAGCUAAUGAUGGCAUGGACGACUGUAAUGGAGAGUGCUCAUCUUAGACUAUUGAGGUUUGAUCGGAGCCUGUGUUUCGGUCACUUGGUUAAGUUUUUCCGUGUCUGUGUGAACUAUUUGCUCUCUGAUAGCAAGACCAUUCAUAAUCAUGCAGCUGGUGUCAUGAAGAAUAUGCUACAAGAGUUGGUCCCACUGGCUCUUCCAGCCAUUAGAGAGAGCAAAGAGAAUGAGAAGGCACUGCUGGAAUAUACGACCCUUGUAUCUGUUUUCAAGAUGCUUGAGGGGGCUCUUAGUUUUAAAUAUCAGUCUGCUUGGGAACACGUGUUGGGGGUCUUGGAAACGUUUUAUUGUCUGGCAGGAAAAGAUUGCCACAAGUUUAUGACAAAGUCAUUAAAGUCGUUCAGUGAAUUGAGGAAUAUCCCAAAGUUUGCCUUUGUCUCUCAGCUUGAAUCUGCAUUUGGAGCAGCUGUUAAAAGCAUGGGACCAAAGAUUGUAUUAACAACCGUUCCUCUCAAACUGGAUGUCAUGGGUGAUCCUCCUGAUUUUCCCCAGAGUUGGAUGGUCCCAUUGUUGCAAGAGUAUGUACAAUCUGCUGAGCUCUCCUAUUACGUUAAAGAGCUCCUUCCAUUGGCCGGAGUAAUGAGAGGAUUAGCUGAGGACUCUAACAAAAGUGGGAAAGAUCUUCAAGCAAAACUUUACAAUACACUUGAGUACCAGAUCUGGCAACUGCUCACAGCUUUUUGCAACAGUCCAACAGACAUUGCUCAAUCUUUUCCUUCCAUUGCUAGAGUUCUUGGUACUGCACUUUCGGAAAAGGUCGAAGUUAGAAAUAUUGUCUGUAACUCACUGAAGACACUAAUUGAAACCAGUAAAGAAACCGAAUCUGACUCUAAAGUUUUGGGUCAGUUUUCAAAGAAUUUCCUCCCGAUUCUUUUCAAUUUGUACACUAAUGAGGACUCAAAGGAUUCCAGUGUGCAUAUACUUGAAGCCAUAAAAGCAUAUCUAUCAAUAACCAAUAGAAAGUUGUUACAGACAUUAUUUUCUCGUAUUAUUGCAAGACUUGGAGAGCCUGAUCUCUCAUCAGAUAUUAGGAUUUGUCUGGAGGAUAUUGUUGAAGGGUUUGUCCCUUUUUUGAACGAAUCUUCGCUUAAAGAACUUUAUGAUUUCAUCUCUGCUACUCUUGAUAGUGACAAUAGUACAUAUCAGAAGAAAGCAUACAAGUUACUAGCAGCUCUUCUUUCUUGUAGUUCUCCACAGCAUAGUUCUUUUGUCUCUGAUAAUCUCCCACAGCUACAGACGCUGUUACUAGGCUCUUUAUCGACUGCUGGGAUUGGCUCUAAAAAGCCAAGACUCAGGUGCCUCUUAAGUAUAGUACCACAUUUAACUACAGAUCAUCACGACUUUGUACUGGCUGUUGUUCCAGAGGCUAUACUGUGCACUAAAGAAGCUAAUGAUAAGUGUAGGCAGUUAUCCUAUCAACUCCUCAGUGUUUUAGGGCGGUCCUCGCAACAGCUGUUCAUGUUAUCUCCAGAAGAGUCAGUGAAAGAGUAUUUCAAUGUUGUUCUGGCUGGACUGGCAGGCACUUCUCACAUGAUAUCUGCCACCAUUGGCAGCCUAGCAAGACUAGUCUAUGAAUUUAGUGAUUUACUUGGUUCUGGCCUAGUCGAGACAUUGCUGAGCAGUGUGACAGAAUUCUUUUCUGCAAAAUCCCGAGAAGUUGUCCGAUCGGCUCUUAUUUUUAUAAAAGUUAGUAUUGGUAUACUACCUCACGCUGAACUGGCUCCGUAUGUAAAGGAAUUGGUAGAGAAGGUCCUGUCCUGGAGUGCUAAUGACAAGAAUCACUUUAGAAUGAAGUCAAGAGUGAUCCUUGAGAGACUCAUUAGAAAGUUCAACCUUGAGAUGAUAUCUGGUUUUGUACCAAAGCAGCACAGGCGACUCAUUAGCAACAUAAAGAAGACCAAUGAGAGACAGAAAAGAAAACAGAGGGAGAGGAGAGAUGAAAAAAUGGCUGCUUUGAAGGAAGACUAUGAUUCGAGUAGUACCACCAAAAAGUCCUCUAAGCCCAGCUUUGAGGAGCUUAUGUAUGACAGUGAUGAUGAAGAAAUCAAGAAGGGCAGUCAAACUAAGACUAAACGAGGUCGAGAAAGUGGAGGAACUUGGAUAAAAGAAGAUCGAGACAAGCCAUUGGACUUCUUGGACUCUACAGCUGGUCAACAUUUGCUUGGUACUAAUCCAAGUAAGAAGAAGUCGGUUGGAGCAUCUUUAAACUCUUUUAAAUAUUCAAGUGAUGGGAAGCUCGUGAUUACUGAAGAUGAUGAGUCACAAGUACAAGAAGAUAUUACUGACACUGAGCCCCCAAAUGUAUUGAGUAGAAAGAGAAAAAGAGGUAAUGAUAAUGACAAUGAUUCUGAUGAUCAAGAGGAUGGAAGAGGCUUAAGUCGUGGCACUGGAAUUAGAAGGCAUGAUCCAACUAUUGAGAUAGGAGCCAAACCAACACCAUCAAAAAAACUUAAGGGAGACGUAAAGAAGAAGAACCAACUUGAACCGUAUUCUUACCUUCAAUUGGACAGGCAGAAUCUCAAUAAGAGGAAAAAGGCAAAGCUGUCUGGCCAAUUUAAGGGCAUAAUGAAGAAAGCUCAGAGAGGCUCCACUCUUGGCAGAAAACAAAGAAGAAAGAAGAUUACUUAACUUCAAAAAAUUUGACAAAAAAAAUAAUGCAAACAAUCAAACAAAUUUUACAUACUUGUGCAUACAACACAACAAUAAAGAUAGUUAAAAAAUGUUAAGCACAGCACAGCUUACUAGCUGGCAACAUGCUGGGCUUUUAAUACUAAUUUAUAAAAUC